AUGUCAGUCGAAGAUUUGAAAAAUACCGUUGCUAAAUUACAAGAGAGAAUCCAACAAUUGGAAAAGAAGGUUGGUGUUACUCCAGCACCAUCAGCCGACUUCGCUAAACAAUUGAGAUUGGUUUUGAUCGGUGCUCCCGGUUCAGGUAAAGGUACUCAAUCCGCAGAUUUGAAGGAUAAAUUCUGUGCUUGUCACUUGGCCACUGGUGAUAUGUUGAGAUCACAAGUUAAACAAGGAACUCCCUUGGGUCUUGAAGCUAAAAAGAUUAUGGACCAAGGUGGUUUAGUCAAUGAUGAAAUUAUGGUCAACAUGAUCAAAUCAGAAUUGGAAAACAACAAAACUUGUGCCAAGGGAUUCAUUUUGGAUGGGUUCCCAAGAACCAUUCCUCAAGCUGAAAAAUUGGAUGCUAUGUUGAAUGAAAGGAAAACUCCCUUGGAAAAUGCCAUCGAAUUGAAAAUUGAUGAUGAAUUGUUGGUUGCUAGAAUCACUGGUAGAUUGGUCCACCCAGCUAGUGGAAGAUCAUACCACAAGAUUUUCAAUCCACCAAAGAAGGAAAUGACUGACGAUCUUACUGGUGAACCAUUGAUUCAAAGAUCUGACGACAAUGAAGAAGCAUUGAAAAAGAGAUUGGUGACUUACCAUCAACAAACUGAACCAAUUGUUGAAUACUACAAAAAGACUGGUAUUUGGCAAGGUAUUGAUGCUUCGCAAAAACCAGGAAAGGUUUGGAACGAUAUCUUGAAAUGCUUAGGACAAUAG